GGGCACGACAGAGUGAGGGCGGGAGGCGGUCCCUGUGUGCGGGGAUGUAGUCGGGCAGAGCUCUGUGUGCAUGGAGAGUGAUACAGGAAGGAAGUGACAGUGUGUGUGACGGCGGGCGGGAGGACCCAGCGGCGUGACUCCGGAGCUGCCCACAUGCUGCUGCCGGCGUGUAUGGUGCGGUUGAGGGCUGCUGCCCCCUGUGACUCUCCGGCCAGUGGGUGAUUUGAUAAAUGAAUAUGAAACAUGACUACAUUAGAGCAUUUCCCAUAUGCAGAGGAAAAACUUCAGAGAUUGGAAAAGCUUGUCCUCUGUCGAGAUUCACAGUUAUCAACAUUGCUUUCAGUAUUUGGAGAGCGUCCUCAUCUAAGUUUUCCAUCCAUUUUUAUUUAUGGUCACACUGGAACUGGAAAGACGUAUGUUCUGCGGACGUUGAUGAGCACACUUGAGCUGCCUCAUGCCUUUGUAAAUUGUGUGGAGUGCUUUACAGCAAGGUUGCUGUUUGAGCAAAUACUUAACCAGCUUCACAGUCACAACCCCGGUCCUGAGAAUGAAUAUUCUUCUUACGAGAGAUGUGACACCUUUAAUGAGUUUGUCCGGCUGUAUAAGAAAGCGGUUUCAAGUAAAGGAUUAGAAAAUGAAACGUUUUACAUAGUCAUUGAUAAAGCAGACGUACUGCGGGAACUUGAUGCAAACCUGUUGCCGGGCUUUCUCAGGCUUCAGGAACUGACCAGUAGUAACGUAACAGUGAUAUUUCUGACUGAAAUAGUUUGGGAAACGUUUCGUCCAAACACUGGCUGUCUGGAGCCCUUAACCAUAUACUUGGCGGACUACAGUAAAGCGGAACUUCAAAAGAUCCUGUCCAGCGAUUACCCCGAGCAGCACUCUGCAGAGUUCUAUGCAUCAUACAUCAAUAUCCUGCUGGGCGUCUUCUACACGGUGUGCAGAGACAUAAAAGAGCUGAGGCAUUUGGCUGCGCUAAACUUUCCAAGAUUUUGUGAACCAGUGGUUAAAGGAGAAGCAAAGGAAAGUGACUCGCAUAAACUGUGGAGAAACAUUGAGCCACAUCUGAAGAGGGCUAUGCAGACGGUCUAUCUCCGGGAGAUAUCAAGUUCACAAUGGGAAAAGAUUCAGGAAGAAGAUAGAGAAGCGUCACAACUGAAAGGACUAUCCGCACACGCUCAUGUAGAAUUGCCAUAUUACUCCAAAUUCUUGCUCAUUGCUGGAUAUUUAGCCUCCUACAAUCCUGCCAGGACCGACAAAAGGUUUUUCCUAAAGCAUCAUGGCAAAAUUAAGAAAACUGAUUUCCUGAAAAAACAUGAAAAGACCAGCAAUCAUCUUCUUGGUCCCAAGCCGUUUCCCUUGGAUAGGCUGUUGGCCAUACUGUAUAGUAUUGUGGACAGCAGAGUUGCACCUACUGCAAAUAUCUUCUCCCAGAUCUCUUCUCUUGUGACCCUUCAGCUGUUAACUCUGGUGGGUCAUGACGAUCAACUCGAUGGACCAAAGUACAAAUGUACAGUGUCUUUGGACUUUAUCCGAGCAGUGGCAAGAACUGUGAGCUUCGACAUUGUAAGAUACCUGUAUGAUUUUCUAUGAAAAUGUUAUGUUUAAUAAAGGAUCCCGAAUCGGAAGGACUGAAGCGUAAAAUAUGUGUGUUUUGUAUGUAUGCACAUCAUACUGCAAUAUACCAUUCACUGCAGUGUUCUGUAGUACACAUCUGUAGUAAGACCAGUUUAAUGUGAAGUCUGGUCUGUAUCUAAUGUCUAGUAAAUAAGUCCUAUAACACGUUGUUUUACGAGUUAUACAAUCGGAUAUAAAUAAAAUCACUGUGCUGUAAGAAAAAAUUAAACACGUAUUACCAAUUAAUGGUUUUUAUCUUUUGCAUAUUCCCUUGAAAAACCUGUAUCAAGUUUUGUUCUGAAAUGGGGAGGUUAUUAUCCAUACAGUAUAUCAGUCCCAUUUUUGUGAAGGUUCUAUAUUUCUUUAGGUGGGAUAAGACUUCCAUUCUCUCACAAAGUGUUACUUCGGGGAGUUUGGCUUUUGACGUUGCAAAAGUAGCGGGUUUAUGAUGAAACUAUUUACUUUAACUACUGCCACUUUGCUACUGUGAAAAUAACCACUAGAGUGGGAGUUAAGGAUGUCUCAAGUGAAGUUUUCCAGGGCUCUAGGUUACAGAAUAUUGCUAUAACACUUCUUUGUACUGUGCCAGAACUUUUUCAAUCUAUGUACAUGAAUUAAAAUCGAUGCUUUUGCAA